AUGUGGCUCCAGUCUGUGUCUCUGCUCGUGCUUCUGCUCGUGUCGGGCUCCCAGGCCGCCUCCGCCCCGCAGCACCUGUGUGGCUCUCACCUGGUGGACGCGCUCUACCUGGUGUGUGGGGACCGAGGCUUCUUCUACAACCCCAAGAGAGACGUGGAGCCCCUGAUGGGUUUCCUCCCACCGAAGGCGGGCGGGGCCGCGGCGGGCGGAGAGAACGAGGUGGCCGAGUUCGCCUUCAAGGACCAGAUGGAGAUGAUGGUGAAGCGAGGCAUCGUGGAGCAGUGCUGCCACCAGCCAUGCAACAUCUUCGACCUGCAGAACUACUGCAACUGA